AUGGGCCGAAAAAGCAGAAGACCUAUGUCUCACGUCCCAGAACGCGAGAUUGAAUACGAAGCCCAAAGUCGCCAGUCCAGUGUAGAGAGCUGGAAAGCCCGCUACGACGAAAUGCUAGACAUCGUACUGAUGGAAACGCAAGAAGAAAAGGACGCCGCCAUGGCGAAGAUAGAAGUUGGCAAGAACUCGUAUGUUGAUUCUCUUCGGAAUAAAAGUUCUAGAUGCGGGUUCGAUGGAACUAUGGAGUCCACGAUAUCUGGAGUCGUGGGGGAUACAAUUUCUGGGGCCAUGGAUGCGACUUCUGGGCUUGGGAUUAUUGAGGAGAAGCAAGAGGAGGUGCGUGUGGCUGUAAAGCGACCGCGGCGGAACAGGAAGAAAAGGAAGGUCGGUUGUUUGGUGGAUAGAGGGUUGGUUGUUCCUCGGGCUGAAGAAGCGAUGGAUUCUAUUUCUGCGUCUCUGGCAGGCGUUGUUGGGCCAGUGUUGGGUGCUUGGAAUCUUCUGUUUAGUCCGAGGUUUCAUUUGAUUUUGGAGAUUUUCACUGCUUUUGCUGUCGCUGUUUCGGUUUGGCUUGGUGGGGAUGAAUUGCCAAUUAGGCUUGGGGUGCUUGGGAUUGGAUUAGCUGUUCAUGGGGUCCUCAGUUUGAAGUAG